AAUCGGAAGGAAUCUCCGGAGCUUAUUCGACAAAACGAACGAUCGUGAGAAGAAACCCCCCUCAGAAUUCCCCAAUUCUCAUCGAAAUCGAUCGCCAGUAGGCUACUAGUACCAGCCUGUGCUGGUUUUGGGUCCGAAUUUCUAAUGAAUCAUCGAUGAAAAACCCUAAUAAUUCUAAUAAGAUUCAGCAGAGUCGUCGUCGAUGCAUGAAUAUAAUCCUCUGGAUCUCAAUUGGUAUCUUCAACUCGGCAUCACAGCUUUCGCUGUUUUCUUUGGAUUGAUUUACCUAGUCAAGAACACUGCUUCCAAGUACUUUUUUGUUGAAGGAGACGACGACCCCCGUUUCGAUUCCCAUUCCCAAUCUUCUUCAUCCUCCUCUCAAUCAGACACUGUUGUAUCCCCUUCGUCGUCGUCGAUGCCGGGUCUCGUCGCGACUAGUGAUUCCUGCGUUGUCUGCGGCAGCUUGACGAAGAAAUAUUGUUCGCGAUGCAAAGUGGUUCGAUACUGCUCAGAAUCAUGUCAAAAAUCUCAUUGGCUAUCUGGGCACAAGGAGAAAUGUGAAGAAUUUCGGUUGUCCUGCAAAUCAAGUUUGCAAGGAAGGAGAAAUUCCACUGCAGUUGCAUUAGUUCCUGGCACCGGGAUUUCUACCCAGUUAAAAAAGAUUCUUUUUCCCUAUGAAAAAUUUGUGGAGCUCUUUAACUGGCAGAAGCAAGGCUUCCCUCCUUGUGGGCUUCUGAAUUGUGGAAACAGCUGCUUUGCCAAUGUAGUUUUACAAUGCUUAGCAUACACUCGACCACUUGCUGCCUAUUUGCUGGAGAAAGGCCAUCGGAGAGGAUGCCGGCGAAAUGAUUGGUGCUUCCUGUGUGAACUUCAAGAUCAUGUGGAAAGAGCCAGCCAAAGUAACCAAGCUUUUUCACCAAUCAACAUUUUAUCAAGAUUGCCUAAUAUUGGUGGAAAUCUUGGCUAUGGAAAACAGGAGGAUGCUCACGAGUUCAUGAGGUUUGUUAUUGAUACUAUGCAAUCAGUUUGCCUUGAUGAAUAUGGUGGAGAAAGAGCUGUGCAUCCCAGUUCUCAGGAGACAACUCUUAUUCAACAUAUAUUUGGGGGUCGCCUCCAAUCUCAGGUGAUCUGCACAAAAUGCAAUAAUGUUUCAAAUCAGUUUGAAAAUAUGAUGGAUUUGACUGUUGAAAUCCAAGGGGAUGCUGCAUCUCUUGAGGAAUGCUUAGACCAAUUUACAGCCAAAGAGUGGCUUGAUGGGGAUAAUAUGUACAAAUGCGACGGUUGUAAUGACUAUGUCUUGGCAUGGAAACGACUAAACAUUCAUAUGCCUCCAAAUAUUCUAACAAUUGCAUUGAAGAGGUUUCAGAGUGGGAGAUUUGGGAAACUUAAUAAGAGGGUGACAUUCCCAGAGACUUUAGAUCUUAGUCCCUACAUGAGUGAAGCUGCCGAUGGCUAUGAUAAGUACAAGCUGUAUGCAGUUGUUGUCCAUGUGGACAUGUUGAAUGCAUCAUAUUUUGGCCAUUACAUUUGCUAUACGAAGGACUUCUCUGGAAAUUGGUAUAGAAUUGAUGACUGCAAGGUUGAUGCAGUUGAACUGGAGGAAGUGCUCUCACAGGGAGCUUAUAUGCUUCUGUACAGCAGGGUCUCUGCCAGACGUUCAUGCUUAAAUCCUAUUGACCAAACUUCUAAAAAGGAGGAGCUUGAAGCAUCAAAUGUACCCCAAGAAACGAUCCCUAUUACAAGGCAACCUGCUGAGUGCUCGUUGGCUGCAGAGUCGGUUGAUGCUACUGUGAUGCGUGCUAAUUCUUUGCCAUCAAACAUUUUUGCAUCUCAAAAGUCAUCCAUGGACAUGGAUGCACCAGAUUCAGAUGCUGCUAGUUCUUCUGUUUUAGUGGACGAUGGAGAUUAUGGCAAUCGCAAGGCCGGCAGUGUGGGGCCCGCUUUGCCUGUCGAAGAUACAUUCUGCUCGUCUACUGAUACUGAAGCAUCUACUCCACAACAUACUGAAGUCUCGUUGCCAGUGUGCGAUAUUGAAACCGAUAACAGAACUGAUAUAACAAACAAACCUGCUUCUGUUCAGAUUCAUACUGAUGAUAUUGGUUCAAGCAACGGUGAAGAAGCUAAUGGGAUGGAUUCUGUAGAUUUUGGAUGUAAGCCCGAGAAAGUUGAGUCCACCAUCACCAAUCUGGAAGAUGCUUCCAGGAAACUGGUAAACACAAGUUCUUCAGUAGCAAAAUUGAAGCCGCUCAUCUCCCCUGGAUUCCUCGGGAAACGACCACGGAAAAUUCUUAGCACCAAGAAAACUGCAGAAGUCUCUGUUGAAACGGAACAGGCUAACGGAGAUUUGAAGCCUCAGGAAAACAUCAGCGACCCUAAAGGGAAAGAAAAACCAUGUUUGAAGAACAACGGUUCCGUAUCAUCUGACAUGGUGAAGUCAAAUACUGAAUCACGUGUGCUCCCAAAUGGAGGCUCUAAAGGGUCUUUGGUUCAAUAAACUUGCAGACUAACAUAGUCUAACGAUCAGCGUUAGCUAAGAUUGGACCGGACUAGACUGAACUGAACUGUUUCUGUGUUUGAGAAAAUUUGGAAAUAUGAAAGUCUCAUGGGCAGGGAUGGAUGGUGUUUUGGUUUUUAGGUAGGAGCAGAAAUAGUAGUUUGGGUGUGAUGGAGGAAAGACAUGACAUGUGGUGCAUUCUUUUGACUUGUUACAUUCUUGAAGGGACAAAAAGAGUCUUAUGGUCCUUUUCCAUUUAUAAAGUGAAUAAGAAUUUCUAUUUAUCCUAUGGAUU